AUGACAAGACUUUCUCAUACUACCUCCAAAGGCCGAACAUUUCUGUCUCGAUUUUCUAUUCUGCUUCAUUGUGUGCUCUUGUGCGUUCUCCGUUCACAGUACUCCACGGAACUGAAGAAACUGUACUGCCAGAUCGCCAAGACGUGUCCCAUCCAGAUCAAAGUUCUGACCACCCCACCGCAAGGCGCCGUCAUCCGCGCCAUGCCCGUCUACAAGAAGGCGGAACACGUGACCGAGGUGGUAAAGCGAUGCCCCAACCACGAGCUCAGCCGCGAGUUCAACGACGGUCAGAUUGCACCUCCGAGUCACCUGAUCCGCGUGGAGGGUAAUAGCCACGCCCAGUACGUGGAGGAUUCCAUUACCGGGAGGCAGAGCGUGCUGGUGCCCUACGAGCCGCCUCAGGUGAGAAUCCAGACGAGGAGCUUAUGAUACUGCUGCCAGAUG